AUGGCCUCAAAUUAUCCACAAUUAUCUCCACAACCUUUAUUAAUUCCAGUUAAUGAAAUUACUCAAGAAAAGUAUAUUGUUAAUCAAUUUUCAAAAACAACAUUAAAAGGUUCACUUUUGAAAGGUUAUUCAGAAACAUUCCCAUAUGAAUUAACCAAUGUUAUGGCACCACAAGAUUAUAAUGCCAUUGUAAAAGAAAUUAAUAGUUCAGUAAAAUCCAAGAAAUUUCCAGUUCAAUCAUUCAUUGGCUUGUUGAUGUUGUCCACAGUUUGUUUAUUCUUUAGUCCAAUGGCAUUUGUUGUAAUUUUUCCAAUUUCAGUUUCAUUGAUUACAAUUUCAUUAAUUGGAAUUCAUUAUUUCUUAAAAAGAAUUUCAGAAAAAAUUGAAAAGACUUUAAUUAAUUUUAAUAAUGUUUUUGCAACUCGUAGAGUUUCCAUUGAAUUUUCUAAAAAAUCAAUAUUCAGAACAAAAGUUAAAAUCAUUUACCCAGCUUCUCUUGCCAUUCAACCAGUUUUAUAUAAUAUUCAACCAAUUCAACAAUCCUUUUACCAACAAAAUCCACAACAAUCACAAUAUGCUGAAACUUCAAAAACUGCUGAUUCUUCACCAUUAUUAUCAAAGGUUUAA